AUGGGGGGCUUCACUUUUAUCAAGGUCAUGAUGAUCCUUUUCAACCUGAUCAUCUUCCUCAGUGGUGGGACCCUCCUAGGAGUUGGCAUCUGGGUCACAGUGGAUGAACCAUCAUUCCUGAAUAUAUUUGGGGCCCUCUCCUCUAGCAUCCUACAGGUUGUGAAUGUGAGCUAUGUUCUCAUCGCCAUUGGCGCCGUCCUGCUGGUGAUCGGCUUCCUUGGGUGCUACGGUGCCCAGAAGGAGAGCAAGUGCCUCCUGAUGAUGUUCUUCUCAGUGGUGCUGAUCAUCUUCAUUGCCGAAGUUGCUGUUGCUGUGGUGGCUCUGGUCUACACAGGACCUGCAGAGGUGCUGCUGACAGCUGUGGUGACCCCUAAGCUGAAGGAGAAGUAUGGUGUGGAUGGGACUUUCACAGAAAACUGGAAUGUCACCAUGACAAAGUUCCAUUGCUGUGGCCUGAAUAACUACACAGACUUCAACAACUCCUACUGGUAUGAGACAAAGCACACCUACCCUGAGUCCUGCUGUAAUAUGCAGCAGCCCUGCAAUGACACGCUCGCCGCACAAAGCCACGUCCAGGGUUGUUUCAAACAGAUCUUGGAAAACAUCAGGACUAAUGCAGGAGCGGUGGGUGGUGUGGCAGCUGGCAUUGCUGCCUUGGAGAUUGCAGCCAUGGCAGUUUCCAUGUACCUGUACUGUCGGCUGGAUGAGAAAUGA